AUGUUUAAUUGUAUUUUUUUCUUAUUUUCAUUCACUCUUUCUUUCCAGUAUUUUUUACUCGUCUUCUUUUUUCUUUAUUUGUUUUUUUUCUUUGAUUUCGUUUUUACUUUCAUAUUUUCUUUAUUUUUUCUUUCUUUCUUAUUUAUCUUUCUUUUUAUUCUACGCUUAUCUUUUCAUUCUUUGUAUAGUGGAUUGGCAAAUAGGAUUCUUUUAUUUUUCAAAGAUGUUGCCAAUUUUCAUUUCAAUGCCAGCUUUCAUCUACCCCCCCUUCUUCACACCUUUCGGUUAAUUGUCUUCACUUCUUUCCUCGUUUAUGUAUCAAUUCAAUUUAUCGCUGACAUUCUCUUCAAGCUUUAUUCUUUACACUGUUCAAUAUCUCUACGACAAAUGUCUCUCUUUUACUCUCUCCUGUCACUCAAUCUUCUCCUCCCAGCACCCCAACUGUUUCCUACACAACCCUCCCUGCCAAGUAGCUUUACGGUUGGCAUUUGUCGCCAGUCAAAGGUCGUGAACUAUCGUAUCCCGGCCAACUGGUAUUCACGUGCGGACAGACGGUCUCCAGGCAUCGAGUCGACAAGACGCGUUUCCCGUCUCUCUCUUCACCAUACGGCUCAAACACCUGGACCGGUCUUCUUUUCUCCGGAUCCUUUCCUCUUCAGGUACAUUUGGCGACAACCAUUAAAAUUUGGCGCGCAUUCAACAUCAAUCGCACGCUUCACAGAUUCGUCAAACCUACUACCCAGAAGCCAGGAACGCGACACCGCAUUCUUUCCUCCUUCAUACUGUCAAUUUGUUAUUAAAUAA